AUGGCUUUACAACUAUCAUAUCUUCUCUCUUUGUUGUUUCUUAUUUUGUUGUUGCCACAUUCCACCACUGCUCAAACUUCCAGCAACCAAUCUCUGGGUUCAUCCCUUACUGCACAGGAAAAAGACUCUUACUGGGCAUCGCCUUCUGGUGACUUUGCUUUUGGUUUCCAACAAAUUGGAAAGGGAGGAUAUCUACUAGCCAUCUGGUCCAACAAAUUACCUGAAAAAACCAUUGUCUGGUCAGCCAAUGGAGACAAUCUUGUGCCAAGAGGAUCAAAAGUAGAGCUUACCAAAGAUGGCAAAUUUGUACUCAAUGACCCAGCAGGCCUUGAGAUAUGGAAAGUUGACUUAGUCCGUUCAGUAGUUGCUUAUGCAGCCAUGCUUGACACUGGAAACUUCGUGUUGGCAAGCCAGGAUUCUAGCCUUUUGUGGCAGAGUUUUGAUCAUCCAACUGACACAAUGUUACCUUCACAGACAAUGAGUCAGGGCAGCAAGCUUGUUGCUUGUUACUCAGAAAUGAAUUACUCUAACGGAAGGUUCCAGUUCCAACUAAAAUCGGAUGGAAGUCUUGCGCUUCAAACUAGAGCUUACCCCACGGAUUAUUCUUACGCUGAUUAUUGGCCAGAAAAAAAUAUAAGCGGCUUUAAGGUAGUCUUCAACCAGUCUGGCUCUAUAAUCUUAAUAACAAAAAAUGGAAGCAUAGUUAAGAGUAUAUUAUCAAAUCCUAGUUCUAUGCAGGACUUCUAUCAAAGAGCAAUCAUGGAAUAUGAUGGUGUUUUAAGGCAUUAUGUCUACCCAAAAAGCAGCUUAAUGCCCAGGAGUUGGUCUUAUUUGCCAAACUUCAUACCUUCGAAUAUAUGCAAUUCUAUUCCAAUUGACAUGUGUGGUAGUGGAGCUUGUGGGUAUAACAGCUACUGCAUGUUCGACGGUCAAAGACCAAAAUGCCAAUGCCCAGAUGGAUACACCUUCAUUGAUCCAGAAGAUGUUAUGAAAGGUUGCAAACAGAACUUUCUUUCACAAAGUUGUGAUGAAGCCUUGCCAGAAUCAGAUCUUUUUUAUUUGAAAUCAAUGCUGAAUACAGAUUGGCCCGGCAUGACUGAUUAUGAAUCCUUUCCAGAACAAAAUGAGGAUUGGUGCAGGACAGCUUGCUUGGGUGAUUGCUUCUGCGCUGCUGCCGUUUAUGAAAAUAGGAUAUGUUGGAAGAAGAAAGCUCCUCUCCCAAAUGGGAGGAUAGAUUCUAGUUUUAAAGGAAAAGCUCUGAUCAAAAUAAGAAAGGACAAUUCUACUUUGAAGCCUUUAGGUGCAGAUUUGAAGAAGAAAGAUCAAUCAACUGUGAUACUCAUUGUGUCAGUGCUCCUUAGUAGCUCAGUGUUUCUGAACUUACUCUUCCUGUUGGCUGUCUUUCUGCUUGUUUUUCGUUUCAAAUAUUGGAAACCAAAGGCCCAUAAACCAUACCCAGUCAUGCCAGGCAUGAAUUUGCGAAGUUACACUUAUGAGGAGCUAACAGAAGCUACAAAUGGGUUCAGGGAAGAGCUGGGGAGGGGUGCCUUUGCAAAAGUUUAUAAUGGGGUUCUAGAAUCUGAGGAUAGAAAACUAGUUGCGGUUAAAAGGUUGAAUGAUAUGGUGAGAGAUGGAGAUCUGGAGUUCAAAGCUGAAGUGAGUGCUAUUGACAGAACAAACCACAGAAAUUUGGUCCAACUGCUAGGAUUCUGCAAUGAGGGGCAGCACCGACUUCUAGUAUAUGAAUUCAUGAGCAAUGGUUCUAUAGCAAGCAUCCUCUUUGGGGGUUCGCGACCUAAUUGGCACCAAAGAAUUCAAAUUGCAUUAGGAACUGCAAAAAGGCUCUUUUAUUUGCUUGAAGAAUGUAGCACCCAGAUCAUACAUUGUGAUAUCAAGCCGCAGAACAUCCUCCUUGAUGACUCUUUUAUAGCUAGAAUUUCGGACUUUGGAUUAGCCAAGCUAUUGAAAACGGACCAAACUCGAACUACUACAAGUAUUAGGGGAACUAAAGGAUAUGUUGCCCCAAAAUGGUUCAGACACAUGCCUGUUACAGCUAAGGUGGAUGUUUAUAGCUUUGGUGUUUUGUUGCUAGAGCUCAUUUGCUGCAGAAAAAGUUUUGAGGUAGAGGCACAAGAUGAGGAUCGGAUGAUACUAGCUGACUGGGCUUAUGAUUGCUUUAAAGAAAGGAAACUGGAUCUGUUAGUGGAGAAUGAUGAGGAGGCACUAGAUGACGUGAAGAGAGUGGAGAACUAUGUGAUGAUUGCAAUAUGGUGCAUUCAGGAGGAUCCAUCACUAAGGCCAACAAUGAAGAAAGUGGUACAGAUGAUGGUGGGAGCUGUUGAAGUCUCAUUUCUUCCAGGUCCAUCCUCAUUUAGCAGUUCACUCUAA